GCCAUCGCUCGCUGGGCCGGGAAGGAGGCGCCUGCAGCUGGAACUCCCAGUGAGAGCCGGCAGUUCAAAGCCCCCUGCACCCAGGAAGGUGGAUGGAGCCCAAGCCAGAGCUGGGUGCUGCCCGAAGCCACUGGGCUGACAGAAGAGGCUCCCUAGGAUCCUCGACUGCCCAAGGGGGACGUUGGGUGGCAGCAGAGUCUCAAAGAGGAUUCCUGAGCAUGGAUGCAGGUGCUGAAGAACAGGCUUCCGUGUUCUCAGCCUGGGAUCGUGGCAAUGGUAACUGGACUGAGGCCAUCAAGGAUGAGGGGCUAGUCUUCAGCAUUAUCAUCCUUGCCCUGACAGAGGUUGUGGGGCUGGUGGGGCUGGCCGGCAAUGGCAUCGUCCUGUGGCUCCUAAGCAGCCGAAUCCAUCGGAACAACUUCUCCAUCUACCUCCUCGACUUGGCCAGCGCUGACUUCCUCUUCCUUUGCUGCCACUUGGUGAUCGUCAUUCCCGAAACUCUCCAGCACCACUUCAGCUUCCCCCAUUACGUCUAUGACAGCCUCCUGGCCCUGAGGUUCUUCUUCUACACGGUGGGUCUGAGCCUCUUGGCGGCCAUCAGCACCGAACAGUGUGCCGCCACGCUCUGGCCCACAUGCUACAGCCACCGGCGGCCCCCACACACAUCAGCCAUCGUGUGUGCCCUGCUCUGGGCCCUCUGCCUCCUGCUGCACUUUCUGUCUUACGGUACCUGCGGAGAGCUGUCCGGGGGCAACUCGGGGACAGUGUGCCGCCAGAUUGGCUUGGCCCGAGUGGGCUUGCUCUUCCUCCUCUUGACCACAAUGUGUGUGUCCAGUCUGAUCCUGCUCGUCAGGGUGGAGUGUGGUUCCCAGCGCCACUGGCCCCAGAAGUUCUACCUGAUUAUUCUGUUCACUGUCCUCACAUUCCUCUUCUGUGGCCUUCCCUUCGGCAUCUACAGGCUCUCCCUAAAUUGGCUGGUCACCCCUGCCUACUACUACUGCCUCAGUAUUCUGAUGGCCUGUGUGAAUGGCUCAGCCAAGCCACUCAUCUACUUCUGUGCAGGCAGCCUCAGGCAACGAAGAUUCCGGGAGCCCCUCAAGGCUGUUCUCCUGAGGGCGCUGGGGGAUGAGGAAGAGCUGGGGGAGGGAGGAGAGAUGCUAGAUACAGGGCCCGUGGAGAUCUAGGCCUCAGCCCACGGGGGCACCCCACAGGAAGCCUGCUCCAUUUCCCUCAGCCCAGAUCCAGCUGCAGCACUCCCCUGCCCCUGCCAAUGAGACAGAUUGCUAUCCUAACUUGUUUCCCAAAAUCUUUUCUUCCGGGGUGGGAAUAUCCACCAGACUCGGGUCCCAGGAUUUCUUGGAGUAGCCAGAGCCUGGACUGGUUUACUGCACAUAGAGGCUUUAAUUCAGUAUAACCCUCCUGCCCCUUGGCUAGGUAAAGGGAAGGUGAGACUUCCCCAUCGCCUGUCAUGGGAAUCCAAAUGCAUUUCUUAUUAAGACUGGGUGCCUGAAACCACAGUGUUGAAAUGUAGAGGUUGCUGAAAGCAUUUGAACUCCUUUGUCAGGGAAAAACAACUGAGCUGAGUACCUGGUUAGCAGGAAUCACUAGCCUCAGACACCUUCCCCUCUCUAGCCCAGCCGUGCUCCAAGUGAGCUUCUGGCACCUACCUCUCUGGACUCCAAGGUUCCCUCCCCUUCAUCCCCGCCAUGAGGUGCUGGCCAGGGUCCUGAUAUUCAGAAGGCCAGUGUCUCUCCCCACAAUCCUUCCUGUCCCCCAGGGCUGAGAAGCUGUGCUUUUCCUGUCCUGUGUAGACAAGCUCACCACAGACUUGUGCUCCUUGUAUCCCCCAGCCACCCAAGUCAAGCUACAAUUGCCCGGGAGUGAGUAGAUGGGAUUUUUACAUUACAGGUUCAUAUGCCUGACUUCUUACUGAGGACCAGAAAACUGAUCACAGAACGUAGAGGGCUCAUUAAGAAAUCUUGCCGACAAAGGAGGAGCGAGAGCAAUCUCAUCUAGAUGGUGAUGGUUGGCAGGGUGGAUAAAUCAUCUGGCAGGUCCUGGAGCCACUGUGAUAUCCAAUCUAAGGCACAAAGAUUCAAAGGUGAAGAAAGAAAGAAUUGAGAGCACACCCAGCCUCCGAGGACCCUUUCCAGCCCAUCCCUAAAGAGAUGCCCCCUCUCCCACCCCACUGCCAUGGCUGGCGGCCUGUGCUUCAAGAUUCGGGGUGAGGUCACUGCCUUUCCAGGUGGCACUUCCUGUGGCUCUUCUGGCUGGAAUUUCAGGCCAAACCUGAUGCUCUUUAACUUGGGGUCAGAGAUUUAGAGGUGGAGGGGACUUGUGAGGCCACCCAGCCUUAAAGGGAACCGAGGCUCCAGAAGCCUGCCAAUAGUCAACAAGCAAUGAUUAAGGUCUUACUUUGUACCAGGCACUCAGGUGAUUUCCCCAUGGUCUCACCACUCAUUGAGUAGUGUCAGAAGCACUUACCUUGCUUUUCUGACUCUCUACCACACUGCAAUGAGCUGGAGAUGAUCCUUCCAAAGACUGGCCCUGGACUUGAGUUGCCCAGGCUCAGCUAAGUUCUUAUCACUUCCAGUGCAUGAAUGGAAUGCCUGGGUUCUCCAUCCCCUCCACACCAAGGCAGUUCACUGACUUGAGAGGGAGGCAACAAGAACCACUUUUUCUAUCUCUGUUGCUACAGACAGAUUCCAGGAAUUGACUGAUAAGGUCCUGUGAUCCUACACAGGGCAUGGGAAUUUCCAGAAAAUAGCAUCAGGGAGAGAUGGGACCACAGUAGGGGCAGCCUGCCAAAAAUGAGGCCCAAGAGUCUCGGGCCAAAGAAAUUAAAAGAUGUUUUAGGACUUUCAUGGUUCCUUUAUCCAAAUCACCAAUAAAAACUUUCAAAUGGCACAGGGUCAAACAGAUGCCUGAGACACUCCACAGAGACCUCCAUCCAAGUGUUAAUGACGGCUUCUUGAGUCUGGCCGUCCAACCAGUCCUGAAUGCACCUAAUCACAUAAUGCUUUGCUUACAACCCUUCUUCAUUUCCAUAAGAAGAGCAUGAGAG